AUGAGCGAACUAAUAAUAGUUAAAGAAAAAAUUUUGGUAGUAAGAAAAGGCGAAGUUUACACCUACCGAGUUAGCCGACGAGAAACCGAAGGCACGGAACUCAUGAAAACUCGUUUAGGAGUUAUUUUUAGCACCGAUUUUUUAAAUAGAUGGAAAAAAAGAUUUGUGGUUAUUCCUCUUACUAGUAAGAAAACUGAGAAAAUUUACAAUUAUGAGGCUCCGACGCUGGUUAAUAAUAUCAAAGGUAAAGUUUUAUUAGACCAAAUUCGCACUGUUAAUAAAUCUCGUUUGCUGAAAUAUGAAGGAGGCGUUGGCAAGUCAACUUUAAGCCAAGCCCUCGCUACCGAAGCCAGCCAGCAAAAAUUAAAAACUCUACUAGCCGAUUAUGACCCUCAACAAAAAACUAAAAUUAUUCAAAAAAAAAAGCAUUUUGAUUUAACCAUUAUUGAUGGUCCGGCUCGCACUAGUCAAGGAACAUUAGAAAUAGCUCGCCAAACUAAUUUAGUAAUUCAGCCCACAGGUGCCAGUUUAGCCGACUUAAAGCCAUCCGUUAAUGAAUUUCAUGCCUUAGUUAAGUCCGGAAUAAACAAAAAGAAGUUAGUUUUUGUUCUUAAUCAUUUAGCCACCAAGAGCGAGGAGGAAGCCGCCCGGGAAUAUUUAACGCUAGCAGGAUAUUCUGCUCUUACUCAUUCGCUCAAAGAAAAAGCCUCUUAUCGCUUAAUUCAAAAUGAGGGAAAAAGCAUUAGUGAAGUUAGUUACAAAACUUUGCGGAAAGAAGCAAAAGAGCAUAAGUUGGAGGCUCCGCCUUCUUUGACCGAAACCACUUCUAACUUGCAAUUGCCGGAAGUAAUUGGCGAAAAAGUCGAUAAAAGAACUUUGCGGAAAACUGGACGCACCGAACAAUUUGCCACCCGUGUCAGUAAAGAGUGA